UUUCAACAAAAUGUUAGGGCUGGUUUAAUAGAGUAGGAAGAAUCAAUUGAGAGAGAGAGAGAGGUGUGUGAAGGAAAAAUGAGCAACGAAGCAAAAGCAAAAGUGAAGAGCGGCGAUGGUGGAUUUAGAUCAAGGUUGAAUCAAAUUCUGUAUAGCGGUGAAAAGAAGCAUGUUUUCGCUGGCUUAGUUCUCAUCACUGCCGUUUUUUCUGUACCAUGGUUUCUUAUGAACAGAGGAUCAAAACACCAAUCUCAUCAAGAUUACUUGGAAAAAGCUGAUAAAGCAAGGAGCGAAAGACUCUCAUCCAGUCCUGCUUCUUCCAAAUGAUUUCGAAAAGCAUUUUAUUAAAGAGCACAGUUUUUCAGUAACUUUAGAUUUAAAAAGAUUAGAUAUGUUUGCUGGAUGUCCCUUUCCUUCGAAUUUUUUCGGUGGGAUGGAGGUCCAUCUUUCUCAAGUCGUUGUACUUUGCUUCUAAAUCAAUCUUUUAAUGAAAAACUAAACGAUGUUAGAUAGUUUGAUAUAAUAAAUUUUCCCUAUAUGAUAAAAAUUGUUGCAUAUGAUUUGGUUGUUUAAAGCAUAGUAGCAGGACAGGGAACUUCUCACUUAUAUGUGUAUGAAAGUGCAACUUGUCCAUCAUAUGCAUUAGUGAUCAUUUUUUUGUAAUGUUUGUAGUAGAACAUACUCUGUUUCUGUCAUGGUUGUUGAAAAUGGUGAUAUAGUUGGUCUCAA